AUGUUCUUCAUAUCGAACUUGUUCCUCUGGGCGAAAGGUUCAUCAGCGGCCGUUCCAUUCGGUACACUUGUGGCAUUGCUGUCACUGUGGUUAUUCAUUUCAACUCCUCUCACCUUCGUUGGCGCGUUCCUCGGAUUCCGGAAACGUGCAAUCCAACAUCCAGUUCGAACGAAUCAAAUCCCACGUCAGGUGCCUGAACAAACGAUGUACACGAAACCGUUACCUGGAAUGCUGAUGGGAGGAAUUCUUCCGUUCGGUUGCAUCUUCAUACAACUCUUCUUCAUUUUGAAUAGCAUUUGGGCUCACCAAAUGUACUAUAUGUUCGGAUUCUUGUUCCUCGUCUUCAUCAUUCUGAUGAUCACAUGCAGUGAAGCGACCAUUCUUCUCUGCUACUUCCAUCUUUGUGCUGAAGACUAUCAUUGGUGGUGGCGUUCAUUUUUCACGUCAGGUUUCACGGCCGUAUAUUUGUUCGCAUAUUGUGUGCACUACUUCACAGCAAAACUCACGAUUACGGGCACUAUUUCUACGAUUCUCUACUUUUCAUAUACGCUGAUCUUCGUUUUCUUGUUCUUCCUCGCCACUGGUAUGGCAGUUUGUUUUAUUCGAGUGAUUCGUGUUUAUGUCAUUGAAUCACACGAACAUUCUUGA